GAACUCGAUCGGUGGGGAUCGGACUUCUAAACAUUACUCAAUAGCAUAGAAGUUAGGCCUUAGAGCAUGAUCAUUGUUCUCCUAUAAAAUCAUGCAUCUCUGAAUUCCAAGAACACCAUGAGAAAACCAAGUCUAACAGUGACUAGUGUACUGUGACCUGAACAAUCACAAACUCUCUGCGCUAUGGCAUCAAAUUCAACACUCUCACUAGCUUUCCUGAUCUUAUCGGUGAUUCUAAUGCAAGUGGUUAGUACUGAUGCUGGUGGAAUCGCAAUCUACUGGGGUCAGAAUGGAAAUGAAGGUACCUUGGCUCAAACUUGUGCCACUAAUAAGUAUGCAUUCGUAAACAUUGCUUUCCUCCCAACCUUUGGCAAUGGCCAAAAACCAAUCAUCAACCUUGCUGGUCACUGUGAUCCAAACAGUAAUGGCUGCACCAGAUUGAGCUCUGACAUAAAGUCGUGUCAAGCAAAAGGAAUUAAGUUGAUGCUCUCUAUAGGAGGAGGGGCAGGGAGCUACUCCCUUACUUCGACAAACGAUGCCCAACAAGUUGCGACCUAUCUAUGGAAUAACUUCUUGGGCGGACAAUCCUCUUCUCGCCCUCUUGGAGAUGCUGUUUUGGAUGGGAUUGACUUCGACAUUGAAGGAGGAACAACCCAACACUGGGAUGAGCUUGCAAGGUAUCUCUCCGGAUACAGCAAACAAGGAAAGAAGGUAUACUUAACGGCAGCUCCUCAGUGCCCUUUCCCUGAUGCUUGGAUGGGAGGUGCUCUUAAGACCGGUCUAUUUGAUUAUGUAUGGGUACAGUUCUAUAACAAUCCUCCGUGCCAGUAUUCCUCAGGUAAUACUGCCAAUCUAGUAAAGGCAUGGAAUCAAUGGACCUCUAUUCCUGCAACCAAAAUAUUUCUAGGACUUCCUGCAGCACCCAACGCAGCUGGAAGUGGCUUCAUUCCUGUAGCUGACUUAACUUCUAAGGUGCUUCCGGUCAUUAAACGUUCUGCCAAGUAUGGAGGUGUGAUGUUGUGGUCAAAAUACUAUGACGAUCGGACUGGAUACAGUUCUUCCAUCAAAAGCAGUGUUUAGAACUCCGAAUCAAAAUGGAUCAGUUAAUGUUGUAUGGUACAUUAAUGCAAAAGGCAUUAGCUAAAAUAAAUAAAGUACUGUGCUUUGAUUAAUUAAUGAGCCAUUAGGAAUGCUCCAAGGGAGGUGAUUUGAACUGAUCAAUGCGUUUUGGAUCCAGGUUCUACUACUUAAUUACCAGCUGGUGUGUAACACA